AUGGCAAAGGUACUUCAGAUGGUUGAGUCAACCGAUGUAGGGGUGAAAGAAAUGAGAGGUGACUUCUCGAGCAUGAGUCAGUUGGUGGACUCUCACACUACCUCCAUUAAACAAAUAGAGCAGCACUUGGGGCAACUCUCAGCCUCACUAAAUCAGAGAAAGAACGGAUCAGUACCUAGUGAUACCAUUCAAGAUCCCAAGAAGGACGGACACUACAUGGCAAUUGCCACCAGGAGUUGUAAAGUUCUUUCUGACCCUAUUUCUACAGGUACCAAGUAUGAACAGGUCUUGGAGAAAGCUAGCAGAGAGGAGGAUGGGACUAUACAUGUAGAUGAUCUAGAGGAGGCUCAACCUAAAAUUCCCAGACCGCCUCCUCCUUUCUCUCAAAGGUUCAAAAAGAAAGCUGAAGAUGGAAAGUAUACAAAAUUCAUCACCAUACUGAAACAACUUUCAGUACACAUUCCAUUGGUAGAAGCUCUGGAGCAGAUGCCAGGAUAUGCCAAGUUCAUGAAAGACUUGGUUACCAAGAAAAGAACUAAAAAGGAGGAUCCAGGUGCAUUCAUGAUACCAUGCAACAUUGGGUCAAUCAAGUUUGCAAAAGCUUUAUGUGAUCUGGGAGGAAGCAUAAAUCUGAUGCCUUUAGCCAUUUAUAAAAAGUUAGAUUUGGGAGUACCAAAACCUACAACAAUGAGGUUGAUGAUGGCUGAUAGGUUAGUAAAGAGGCCGGUGGGAAUCCUAUGUGAUGUACUGGUAAAAGUGGACACUUUCAUCUUUCCAGCUGAUUUCAUGAUUCUGGAUUGCGAAGUAGAUUUUGAGGUUCCCAUCAUCUUGGGAAGACCAUUUUUGGCCACUGGAAGAGCUUUAGUGGAUGUUGAGAUAGGGGAGUUGAAGUUCAGACUCAACACAGAUAAAGUAAGGUUCAAUAUUUGCAGGUCAAUGAAGCAACCAUGA